AUGGGUGUUGAUUUAGACCAUCGCGUUCCUCGCAAGCAGAGACAAGAACCAAAGUCAGAAGAUGCACAGAUGAGGAUGCUCCAUAACCUUUAUGCUUUCCUCGCUCGCCGCACAGGAAAUGAUUUCAAUGCUAAGAUUGCUCGCCGCUUAUGCAUUUCACGCACAAACAGACGUCCAUACUCUCUCAGCCGCCUUGCUACAGACCUCAAGGAUAAGGAAGAUGAGACAAUUGCAGUUCUUGUUGCUAAGAUCACAAACGAUGAACGCCUUCUUGAAGUUCCAAAGAUGAAAGUUUGCGCUCUCAAGUUUACAGAAACAGCUCGUGAUCGUAUCCUUGCUGCUGGUGGCGAAUGCAUCACAUUCGACCAACUUGCUCAGCUUCGCCCAACAGGUGACAAGUGCUUGCUUUUAGAAGGUGAUCGUACACACCGCCUUGUUAACAAGCAUUUCGGAGCAGCUCCAGGCGAUGACAAUUCUAAGACUCGUCCAAAGAUUGCUUCACACGGACGCAAGUUCGAAAUGGCUCGUGGCCGCAGAGCAUCAAGAUGGUACCACGCUUAA